AUCUCGACUCGCUGAGCUUACUGACAGAGAACCGAACAGAGAAUAGUCAGAGUUUGGGCGAAAUUUGGGGUUGUUUUUAUUGAAUUAAGCCAGAUUUUAUCAUAAUAUAUUUGUAAACACCAAUAUACAUUGAAAUCUGUGAUAUAGGUCGAAGACUGUUAUAGCAUUGCAGCAAAAAAGAGACACCCACUGAAAAAUCGCAAAAAUGACCAACAAGUACGAUGCAAUGAAGCCGUAUGCCAGCGAUAGUGAUGACAGUGGUGACGAGGGAACUGACUUUGAUGUAGAUAAAUUGGAACCGCUCGAGAUAGGUCCAGGAGAGCACAAAUUACAGUAUACCUAUUGUCUUUGGUUCGGCAAAAAAGGUUCACACAGGGCUGCGGAAUACGGAAAAUCACUUCACUUUGUGGGACGAUGUGCCAGUGUAGAGCAAUGGUGGACACUCUACUGCCAUUUAAUAAAACCAACCGUAUUAAAACCAUUUCGGAAGUUACAUCUGUUUAAGAGCGGGAUAAAGCCUAUGUGGGAAGAUCCUGGAAAUGUUCGUGGCGGAAAAUGGGUCAUUCGAUUGAAAAAGAACAAAAUAGACCGCGCGUGGGAGAAUGUUUGUAUGGCAAUGCUAGGGGAACAAUUUCUAGUAGGGCCAGAGAUAUGUGGAGUAGUUCUUUCAACACAAUUUCCAGAGGAUCUGCUAUCGAUCUGGAAUCGAACUGCAACAGAUACUACGAGUACCAACCGGAUCCGCGAUACAUUGCGAAGAAUUCUCAACCUACCUCCUUCGACACAUAUGGAAUACAAGCCACAUUGCGAUAGUCUCAAGUACCUUUGAAAUCGUGUUCCAGUCCACGUUUUUCUGUCAUCUACUCCCCCCUUCCUGUAGUUCGAUAACCAUCUGCAAGGACAGAAAAUAGCCGAUAAGGACAGUUGCGAAAUGAAAUUCCCAAAAUUACUAAAUUCAAUUUCGAGCACAAACACGAUAAGAACAAAUAUUAUUUCCAUUAAAGUGAUAUUCAGAUAAUCUCCUGCGAAAAUUUGUUCUGAAUACGUUCUUUAAAGAUUUUAUCUUCAGUUUGGUUUUAGUUCGAAAAUUAUGAAGAUAUUGGAUUUGAACAUUGUAGAUAGUUGAAACUGGUGAAUCGUGUUUAUCACUUCAGACGGAUAUCAGAUCGUCUGUCUGUUGCUCAAUCUUAUAUUUAUUGCGUAUAAAUUUGUUCCAUAUACUAAUAUUUUCUGUGCAUUGAUAAUGUGUUUUUCUGUUGUUGUUCUUUCACUUGUACAUUGUAUAUUGGAAUACAGGAGAAGCAGUUUUGACAGAAA